AACUUAUAAAUAUCGGAUGAUGACGGCUGAGUUUCUCAGUGUUCUCGAAUAAGACGACUCAAGCGGAUACAAAUCGUGUACGAUGGAAUAUUUAAGUUUUAAUUUGUCGAACAAGUCGCUUACUUUAAAGAAACGAGAUGCUCUUCCUAAACCAGCGGCAAACGAGGUUCGAAUUAAAGUCGCGUAUUCCGGAAUCUGUGGGACGGAUCUCCAUAUUUUGGAAGGAUCCUUUCCAUGUAAAGAGGACGGACCUUUGACUCUUGGACACGAGUUUGUAGGUACUAUCGAUGAACUCGGAUCAGAAGUGACUAUUUUUAAAAUCGGUCAACGUGUCGCUGUCGAUCCCAACAGUGGAUGCAACAAAUGCGAUCACUGUCACAAUGCGAAUUAUCAUUUUUGUAAUCACGGUGGUAUAAAUAACACUAUCGGAAUUUUUAGAGAUGGUGGAUGGGCUACUCACGCAGUUGUCCCAGAAACACAGGUAUACUUAAUCCCGGAUGAAAUUGAAAUGCACCAAGCAGUGCUGAGUGAACCGUUGUCGUGCAUGGCUCACGGCUGGGACAAGAUCAAUCCUGUAAAUAUAGGAAGCAAGAUUCUCGUGAUGGGCGCUGGAAUCAUAGGUUUAUUGUGGGCCUGCCUAUUUCAUCUGCACGGUUUCAGAAAAACUGUCACUAUCAGUGAACCGCAACAAAAGCGUCAAAAUCUUGCCUCCAAUCUUGGUCUCGAUUAUAAAGUUAAAAGUCCGACAGAAUUGAAAGAGGAAUUUGAUUUAGCUGUGGAUUGCAGCGGCAAUGCUCCAGCCAUGGAAUUGGCCAUGUCUUUGCUAGGUCACGGUGGUCGUUUAUGCGUAUUCGGUGUUGCUAAUCCGAAAGCAAAACUAUCGAUUGAACCAUUUCAGAUCUACAAAAAGGAGUUGAGCAUUAUAGGCGUGAUUAUAAAUCCCUACUGUUUUCCUAAAGGGUUAGCUUUGGUGCAAUCACUGUCUGAAAAGUAUCUUGAUUACAGUAAACUAGGAAUCAAGAUAUUUUCUCUGUCUCAAUAUAAAGAAGCUCUCGAUGCAUUGAAGAAGGGAGACAUAAGUAAGGCGGUUUUCAAGUUAUAAAACAAAGAUUCCGCAACAAAGUUACAGGUAACACGAAGGAAAACAAGAAAUUCUUUGUUUUUAUAAAAUUUUAUUGCCUAUUCCAUAAAUUUGGCUGAAUAUGUAAAUGCAUGGAGUUUUAAGUAAUUAAUAAAAUGCGAUAUCGUAGUACAAAGGAAUACUUGUAUAAAACUUUGCUGAUAUUAUACUAUGGUAUAUCUGAUAGUACACAAUUGUUCACAACGUGUAUAAAUACUACGGUUAUUAUAAAUAUUACGAGUAUCAUGGCGUCGAGUUUCAAAUACAAAUUACAAUAUUAGCAAAUAUAAAAUUGGAAACUUGUAAAGAGUA